GGAAGUGGAAUUUUACAGUUACAGUUAAAGUAAAAACACGAGGAGCUCUAGUCAUAUUGUUAUCAUCCAUGGAUCAAAAACAAACCAGCAGCCUCGCCAGAUAUCUGGACGGAGAAUUCUGGGAGAUUAAAGAUGCUUUUCGGGACGCGAUUUCAAAGUGUGAACUGUUUCAGUCCAGCAGUUAUGAACUGACUCUGGAUCAGAGCAGAGAUCUGACUGCAGAGAGACUCCAUCACAUCUUAAGACUGCCAUUCAUGAGAGAACACCUUCAAAAUCAGCUAAAAGAGAAGCAAAUAGGCUUCAUAAACAAGAGUUUUGGCAUCACUGAGCUCAUCUGCUCCGCUGACAUGGCCACAGGAGUCAAGCUCGGUGUCGUGUGUGGACUGUACGGCGGUGCUGUCAAUAAUCUCGGCAGUCCAGAGCAGAAGAUGAAGUGGUAUCUGCCCGUAUCAGAGUUACAGUUUACAGGGAUGUUUGCGAUGACCGAGAGGGGCCACGGUAGCAACGUUCGAGGCAUUAUCACUGAGGCCCGAUAUGAUCAGUCCACACAGGAGUUCAUUAUUCACACACCUUCUGAAGAUGCUCAGAAAAUGUACAUCGGGAACGCAUUAAAAGGAAACUACGCUGCUGUAUUUGCUCAGCUCAUUAUAAACGGAGAAUCUCAGGGUCCCCACUGUUUUAUUGUGCCGAUCCGUGAUCUGAAUGGAGUCAUGUGGCCGGGAGUGACGACCAUUGACAUGAAGCACAAGGAGGGUCUGAAUGGGGUUGACAAUGGCAUUUUGAUAUUUAAUAACGUACGGAUACCACGGGAAAAUCUGCUGGGAAAGUUUGGUUCUGUGUCAGCUGAGGGUUUGUACUCGUCUCCUGUCCUCAGUAAAAGCAGUCGCUUCAAUAAGAUGCUGGCUGCCCUGACACCCACCCGCCUGGGUCUCACCGUACAGGCCAUGGCAGCCAUGAAGCUGGGGCUCGUCAUCGCAGUACGCUACAGUCACAGUCGCAGACAGUUCGGUCCGAAGGACCAGGAUGAGGUGAAGAUCAUCGAGCACCAGACGCAGCAUCUGAGACUGAUGCCACACCUAGCUGCUGCCCUCGCUCUCACCUUCACCACAAGAUAUGCAGCAGGCUUGAUGGAUGAUGCGUUGUGUCAGGGUCAGGAUCUUCAGAGCAAUCGCGCUCUGCAAGCCCUCGUCGCAGGACUCAAAGCCUACAGCACGUGGGAGAACCUCGUGUGUCUGCAAGACUGCCGUGAGUGUACUGGCGGCAUGGGCUUUAUGAUGGAAAACCGUAUUCCGUCUUUGAAGUGUGAUUCAGACGUCUUUGUCACAUUUGAGGGCGACAACAUGGUCAUGCUUCAGGUGGUGGUACGAGAGCUGCUAACCCAGUACACCAAACAGAUGGGGAACAACUUGGUGAUUGGACUGAUUAGAAACUGGACCAGCUCAGUGUCAGACAGCCUUAGAACCAGUGUUCUUGGCUUCAGCGUGGACAAAGUAGGAGACCUAAUGUUCCUGCUGAAAGCGGUGAGCUACAGGGAAAGGGUGUUACAGCGCAGUCUAGCAAGUCGACUUUACACAAAGGUGGAGAAAAACAAAGAUGAGUUUUUUAUGGCCUGGAACUCUUGUUUACAUCAUGUGACCACUUUGGCAAUGGCACACAUACACAAAGUGACCUUGGAGCAGUUUGCUCUCGCCAUUCAAGAGUGCCGUAUCAAAGAGGACCAUGCCUUGCUCACCAAGUUCUGCCUUCUUCACGGCACUAGUCUGGUGUACCAGGAGAGAGCGUGGUAUCUGGAGCACAACUACCUGACCCCCGGCACCAGCCGACAGAUCCGCAGCCAGCAUUUAGAGUGUAAAGACAGCAACACAUGGGUUUUGAACCAUCAGUAUGUCAUCUGAUCCAGCAUGCUGUGGCUCUGCUCAAAACAUUGGUUAUGCUUCUGGAGCUGUGCAGAUCAGUGAAGGAUGAUGCGCUGAAGGUGGUCGAUGACUUCAACAUCCCGUCCUGCUGCAUCCAGGCUCCUAUCGCUGGGGUCGCGAACCCUCGAGCCGAAUGGGCCUUCUACCCCAAGCCACAGUAUCCCAGCAGCACCCAGCCUCUGUCUAAGCUCUGAGCGAGUGAACACGGCUUUAUGAGGAUAUGGAAGGCAGUUGAGUGAUUUCAGGGAGCUGGCCGGGUCGGUUUGGAACAGCUUUGGUCAAUGCACAGGACUUACGAAUGCAAAGUUCAUCAUUCUUUGUGCCAAGAAGAAUGGUAGAACUUUCUGCUAAUGGCUAAGGCCUUUUCCACACUACUCUUUCUUGUCUUUUUAAUAAUGUGUGUGUAUGAAGAAGGGAAUUUCGGUUAUGUGAGUUGCACAUUGAGUCUUUCAUACAGUUUUUGUAAUUCUUAAAUGCUUCUGUGAUUUUAGCCUAAUCUAUUUAAAAUGGGAAGUAGGGAUAAACACCAGCCAAACAUGAAUCACAACUACACUCUAAAAAUGCUGGGUUAAAAACAACCCAGUUUGGGUUAAAUAUGGACAAACUCAGUGAUUGGGUUGUUUUUACCCAGCGGUUGGGUUAAAUGUUUGCCCAACCUGCUGGGUAGUUUUAUUUAACUCAACUAUUGUUUAAAAAUGACUGUAUGUCUGGCUUAAAAUGAACCCAAAAUAGGUUGGAAAUUAAAAAUCAGACACAUAAUUACUAGAGGAAACAAUAAUAAUCAAAAGGUGAACAUUUAUUAAUAAGGAAUUUAAUAAAUGUUUAUUGUUUAAUUAUUAAACUUAUUAAUAAAUGUUUAUUUACUACACAUAUUAAUAAAUGUGUGUUUUGGGAUAAUUUUAAGUGAGCAAAACAGUAAUUUUUAAACAAUAGUUAAGUUAAAUAAAACUGCCCAGCAGGUUGGGCAAACAUUUAACCCAACCACUGGGGUAAAACAACCCAAUCGCUGGGUUUGUCCACAUUUAACCCAACCGCUUGGUCAAAACAACCCAAUCGCUGGGUUUGUCCAAAUUUAACCCAGCCACUGGGCUAAAACAACCCAAUCGCUGUGUUUGUUCACAUUUAACACAAUUGCUAGGUUUGUCCAAAUUUAUCCAAACCGCUGGGUCAAAACAACCCAAUCGCUGGUUUUGUCCACAUUUCACCCAACCUUUAGGUCAAAACAACCCAAUCGCUGGGUUUUGUCCACAUUUAACCCAACCUUUAGGUCAAAACAACCCAAUCGCUGGGUUUUGUCCACAUUUCACCUAACCUUUAGGGCAAAACAACCCAAUCGCUGGGUUUUGUCCACAUUUAACCCAACCUUUAGGUCAAAACAACCCAAGCGCUGGGUUUUGUCCACAUUUAACCAAACCUUUAGGUCAAAACAACCCAAUCGCUGGUUUUGUCCACAUUUAACCCAACCGCUGGGUCAAAACAACCCAAUCGCUGUGUUUGUUUACAUUUAACACAAUCGCUGGGCUAAAACAACCCAAUCACUGGAUUGGUCCAUUUUUAACCCAACUUGGGUUGUUUUUUAACCCAAAAGCAUUUUUUAGUGUGUAUCUAAAUGCCGAACAUCUUGCACUUACAGCGGAGCUCUGAUAGUCUGGAUCUGAGCUGUAACUGUAAUAUUUUGGUUUAGUUUACAGGUGAGCAGUGCCACAAGGCAGUUUUUACACUUUCUUAAGAAGAGCCUGAAUGUAAUAGUCAUCACAUGGCACACAGUAAUUGAAUAUUUAUGCAAAUGAGCAACGGAAACCACACUACAGUGUUGGACACAUAAAAUGUUUGUUUAAAUAGAAAGAUGAUAAUAUAUUACUGCUGCUAUGGUUUUUAAUGCCAUUAUCAACUGCCAUAAUUUUAUCUGUUUACAAUUUGAGCCAAAAAAAAAAAAAAAAGGUUCUAGUUUUGGAAUAAUCUGCUCAGUCGAGGUCAAAAGGAUGUUCAUUUAUUUAUGCUACUGUUGUACAUUUAGUUUGGACCAAACUACCAAUUAUCUUGCCCAAGUUUUAAUGUUUAAUCUGUUAACAUUUUAUAAAUGUCCAUAUCCGCUAAUGUAGUCUUUGCACACACAAAAUCAGUUUGUUCACAGCAACACGUUUUGCAAAUAAAUUGUUGCAUAUCCAGG